CCCCCCGCCCACGCGCUGCUGCUGGAGGCACUGGGCACCUUCCAGGUGUGCGCCUGCACCCACGAGCUGCGGCUGCUGGCGGACACGCCGCCCCAGCCCUACGGCGUCCUGGGCCUCGCCUACGUGCUCACCGUCCUGCACGGCCUCACGCUAGUCGGCUGCACCUGCAACCCCUGUGGCACCUUGCAGCACGUGCUGGGCGGCGGCCUCACGGCCCGGCGGGGGGCGCUGCAGCUGGGCGCGCAGGUGGCGGGUGCCGGCUUGGCUAGGGCAUACAUGCACAGUCUCUGGGGCUCAAGCAGCAGCGUGGCCCAUGCCAGGGCCUUGGCUGAGGGCUGCGCCCACCCCAUCCGAACCACGGGGACCCAGGCCUUCUGCAUCGAGCUACUCUUCUCCGCCGUCUUCCAGUUGACCUUGCUGCACAUCGAGUCUGUCCGGCCCAGGCUCAGAGUCCACCUCGUGGCUCUUCUUAUCACCCUGCUGGUCUAUGGAGGAGGAAACCUCACAGGAGCAAUAUUUAAUCCAGCAUUGGCCUUUUCAUUACACACAAACUGUUUCCAUGAAGAAUUCUGGGAGUAUUCACUAGUGUAUUGGAUAGCACCCCUUUUAGGCACAGUAUUUGUGGCCAUUGUAUGGGAUGAAAUCCUUCAUCUGAUAUUUUGAAAGACUUUAAAGUAUGAGCACUGGAAACACAUUAAAAAGAAACUCUCGAAAAGUGAAUUGCAGCCGCACAAUACGUAGACAGAAAAUGGUGGAUACCAGGCAUUCAGGAUACUGGUCACAUCUGUUUCCUUUAUUUAUAGCCUUCUAAAAUGUAUUUUCAGACAUUUUGUUCUGAGAUAUACUCCAUAGUAGGACUCUAAAAUUGUGAUGAUGAGAAGAAAGAAUAACAUUGUCGGCCAUUUCACAUCUAAGCUGUAUAUAUAUGAAGAAAAGAAAAGUAACGUUGCAAAUGAAUUUGUCAUCUUAAGUUUAACCCUAAGUGCUACCUGCAGAUAUUUCAUACAGAGUUCUGUAAAACUUUUCUGCAGGUAACCUGUGUACGUCUGCCAAACUGGUCUGAUUAGGUGUUUCUUCUUUCUACAUAAAAAUAGCCACAACAGGGGUGGUGAGUUCUGAAAAUUUAAUUUUCAGGUGGCCUCUGCCUAUUUUCCUUCUGAGAUAUGGCACAUCUGAGGGAGAGGGAAAUGAAUAUGACAGACACUGCUCACUAGAAAAAUUCCACAGUUCAGUGCCAGAGGAGCCGUAUAGCAAAGUUGAGAAUAUACAUAUGGACAUGCUUGAGGAAUAAACUACUAGUAAGCAACGUCUUUGUUCCUCUUGUGAAGAAUCUAACUCGUCCCGCCACCUCACUGUAGUCUGUUAGGCAGAUGCGCUCUCUCUCUCUCUCUCUAAACUAUCAGUGAAAUUCAGUGGAUAUACGCACAUCUUUCUGAGAGAGACAAGUGGUGAUCCAGUCACUCAUCACAAGUGCAUUUUCACCUCUAGGUGUGGUGAACAUCUGAGAGCAUUUAUCCUGAUGCAGAUAAAUGGGAAUAGACAAGCACAAUUUUGAAUAUAGAGUUCAGUUUUUAAUGAAAUAGUCUAGACUGUAAAGCAGUAUUUAACAUAGAAAUAACCUAUUAAAUUAAGAGUAGCUCAUUAGGGCAAACCUUGCACAAGAAUGUAUACCAGUAACUUUAGAUUUUGUGUCCGCUUCUGAGUACCAAAUCAUUAAUUCUCUCAAGUCUUACUGCCAGAGGCCUUUUUCUUUUCUGAACCUAGGGUGUUCUGUAAUGAUUCCAGAUGGAGAGGUCGUUGUUUCUUUGCUUAAUUUCAAAGAAAAAUACUGAAGCUUAAAUGUACCGGGUACAACCUUUCAAAUUGACUAAAUGGGAUCAAGAAUGUGUCAAACUCUGUGAAUGGUAAUCACUAUGUAUUUUUGGAACAUAGUAUCAAUUACAACUCCUUGUAUUCUAAUACUGAAGCAGUUGGACAAAAACCUCCCAGGAUACUUGCACUGUCAGGUUACGGCGUGUAACGCUUAGCCUAAACGUUAAAAAGAUGCUGGAUGAGUCAUUAUUGGGUACUUUAUUGGUACUAGUGGAUAUUUUGCCUAUGUCCAGGUGUUAAUUUCCAGAACAAGUGUUGCCACAGAAAUGCAUUUAGCCUUUUUUCCCCUUUAAGUGCCUCUCACCCAGUACCUUUGUAUGCCUAGGAUGUUAGAGAUGGCUUAUUUCAGCUACCAUCUUUCAUCAGUCAUCUCAAUUUAGUUUGUUCUGGAUUUGAGAUGAGCCAGUCAGUUUAUUGAUAUGGUUGUAUUAAUAAAGCUAAAAACAAAAUGUCAUCUCCUGAAUGUAGUCAGUCCAUCCUGGAAAUAUAGCAAACUGACGACUUCCAGUUCUCUCGCGUGACAAGAGUACAUUUGAGCACAGCCAGGAAGACUGACAUCUGAGUAAAAAACUUGAGUAAGAGAGGUGUUAAAAGCUGAACUUAGACUAAGCCUGAAUACAGGCUAUCGGUCAUUCUCAAACUAUUGGUGUUGUUUCAGUAACACUCACGUUUCCAGAUAUAUUGCUGCCUAAUUAUUUUUCUUGUAAGAUUAUACAUUGGUCUUUUCAAAGCAAGACCUUGUGAAACUACCACUCAGCUGAUGACCUCUGUCUUUAAAAUGUAAAACUGUAUGAACAGAAUCUGUUUUCUGAAGAUUAAAAUAAAACACUACAACCUUAAUCACAUACCUCACCUUUUUUUGUUUGCAGGAGAAACAGAUCUGAUGAAGCAGUGU